AUGGCCGAGGAGCCCCAGGAGCCGGCGGCCGACGAGGAGGCGGCCGAUGCUGAGCCCGCGCAGGCGCCAAUCGUGGCGGAACUGACCGAAGAACAGAAGAAGUUCCUCGUCGCCUGUGCCACUGGCAACCGUGUCCAGAUCGAGCUCUAUGUCAACGAGAAGAGCCUCGACCCCAACCUCCUCCAGUCGGGAACAGAGGGACUGAGGCCUCUACACCUAACCUGCGGGGCAGGAGCAACCGAUUGCGCCCGGUUGCUGGUCGAGAAAGGCGCCGAGAUUGCCGUCACCGACCAGAUGGGCCUCACUCCGCUGCACUGGGCCGCGGGCUGUCGAGAUCCAGAGGUGACGCGCUACCUGCUAUCUGCGGGCGCAAAAUCCAUCAUCGAUCAGCGCGACGAGGAUGGAGUGACGGCCCUCAUUCACGCGUCAUACGCAAACCGAGCUGAGACAGUGCAGAUCCUCCUCGAUGAGGGCGCAGAUGUCGACGUCGAGGACAACUCAGGCAAUACUGCGAAAAAGCUCAGCCAGCCGCAGGCCUUGCUGGCCUUGGCGGCAAUGGCGUGGGCUGCCGAGAGGCGACCAGAAAUCUUUCUGUAUAUCGCGCGAAACGCGGGCUUGGGCCUUGGGUUGCGUCGUAUGGCCAUAUUUGUGGCCGCCAUUUUUGGGGGGCGCUUGUAA